GCUGCUCCGGGCGCCACCAUGUUCUACUUCCACUGCCCCCCACAACUGGAAGGUGCCGCCCCCUUCGGGAGCCCUGCCGCCGCCUCCGCCGCCGACUUCGACGAGGGCUUCUUGCGACGGAAGCAGCGGCGCAACCGGACCACCUUUACGCUCCAGCAGCUGGAAGCUCUAGAAGCGGUCUUCGCCCAGACGCACUACCCGGACGUCUUCACCCGAGAAGAGCUGGCCAUGAAGAUCAACCUGACCGAAGCCCGCGUUCAGGUCUGGUUUCAGAACAGAAGAGCUAAAUGGAGAAAAACUGAGAGAGGGUCAUCUGAGCAGGAAGGGUCUAAGGAGGCAAUGGCUGAAGUGACACCACCUGGAAGAAAUUUAAAUUCUCCUUCCCCAGUUGAUCAAUCAAGGAAUAAGAAGGAAAAUCUGGAGAUUCAACAGAGCCUGAACAGAACGGUUGCGCCUUCUGGUCCUUUUUUCCCCUCAUGUCUACCAGGGACUCUUCUAAACACAACUACUUAUACCCAGGCAUUGUCACAAGUUGCAUCCUUCAAAGGUAGUCCACUGUGCUCUUGCUGUGUUCCUGAUCACAUGGGUCUCUCCUUCCUUCCCACAUAUGGCUGUCAGAGUAAUCGUACAGCAAGCGUAGCAGCCCUGCGCAUGAAAGCCCGAGAGCAUUCUGAGGCUGUACUGCAAUCAGCUAAUCUUCUAGCUUCCAGUAGUCCCAGCCGCAUCUCAGCAGGCAAGCCUAGCUCAGAAAAUGACUUGGACAACAAACCUCCACUGAUGAUUGAGCAGAAUAACAAUGAGAAGAGUGUUUGAGACCCACCUCCCACAUUAUAAUGAACCCAACAUACUAAGAAGCCAAAUCUAUGGGAUCUACCUGACCUCUGCAGCCAUCUGGAUUAUUUUGCAGAUGGAAAAAAAAUUGGUAGUUGUCUGCUGUCUCAGACACUAGCUUGCUUUAACCAUCUCUCUUACUGAUGUCUUUAACCUCUUGAUGGAUUUGAUCACAUUCCUGGUUGUUCACACUUGUGCCACCUGGCAUUAGUUCAUUCUAAAGUGGAAUGGGAUUCAGGAGUCCUGCUACAAACAGAGGUCGGAAGUGAAGGACAUUUUCUUGCUCAUAUAGCACUUACUGUGCCCUUGGGGGAAAGGUAUAUGUGUGUAUCAGUCAGUCAGUUUAGUCAGGAGGUCCCUCAGUGUCACCUAACAUUCCUCCUUUGAUUAAGGAAAAAAAAAAACCAGUUAUAAUAGAAGAACUUCUGCUGUCAUUUUAGUGACUGAGAAAUCAAGUGUCAAGCUGUGAAGUGGAUGAAUGGAAGACAGUCUUUCCAAGGCUGAAUAAAACCAGUGCAGAAGAUGACCUAUUGUCUUAAUUGCUCAGUGCAGAGACUCCACAUUUGAUCCACUCUAUAUGGUGACCUAUUAUGUGCUGAAAGGGGGCCAGUCAUACAUGCUGUAAAGGGUUUUUAAAGGA